GUACCUUGAGCCCGCGCCAAAACAGCUUUUUGCAGAAUCUCGCCUAACCGCUCAAAGCUGAUCUUCCCUCCCAUCUCAUCACCACAGCGAACUGCAUCUGCGUAUGCCCUCUUCAUGAGCGCAGCAUCGACUUUGACCAGCCAACACCCUCCAUCCGUGAAGAAAACCUUGCAAUCAUUUCCUCCGUCUCUGGCAAUUUUCUCAACAAUACCACUCGCCCUCACCAGCCUCCCAAUCCAUAUCCCAUCCUUGCCCUCCUUCCUCGCAACCGCCCCUAAAUCCACAGCACCACACCUCUCCAUUUCCCCUCUAACCUUCUCAACAGCCCUCUCUCGCCGCAACCUCUCCUCUUCAAUCUCCCUCCGCUCUUCUUCCUUCCUCUUCUCCCGCUCUGCCUUUAGCUUCUCCGCAAUCCUCCGCUCUUCCUCAGCACGCCUCAGUUUUGCCUCCGCGAGCGCUUUCUCGCGCUCUUCACGACCCGCUUCCUCUUCUAACCGGCGCUGCUCAGCUUGCGAGCGGUGGAACUCGUGAUACGCCCUCCGCUGGUCGCGGCGCGCUAACGAUUUCGCCUUCUUCGUUCCCACGGUGCGGUUUGCGGCCGUCGGUCGGGGUCGCUCAUUUGCGUUUGCGGGACCGGCUUCUGCUUCUCCUUCUGCUUCUCCUGCUACGGCGGGAGCGAAUUCGUUGUCGUCGUUUCGCCAUUCCUGCGGUAUCGGGUCGGCUUGGGGUUGUGGUAGUAUAUCCACGUCUUCUCCUUCGUGUUCGUCAUUGUCAUGGAUUUCUUGCGCGAUGGCAUCUGCAUCGAUGUUUGCGUUCUCGCCUUGCGGGGGGUCGUCAUUGUUAACUGGUAUUGUUGGAGACGCGUGGUGUGUGUUCGCAUUGUAGUGUUCUGCGAUUUGCGGCGCGAAGUAGAGUGUGCCGCACAGAAUGACUGUGUGGAGCAGAUCCUGGAUGAGCGGGGUUUGAGGGUUCGUGAAGGGUAGGAGGAGGUUCAGAGCUCCUCGGAUUGAAGAGAACAGCACGCCCAUGAUGCGUGCUUCUCUAUAGCCAAUUCCAAACAGCGGUGUUUAUGUAGUGCGGAUGCUGUGAUGUUGAGGUUCUUUCUGGUGUAUAGCUUUGGAGGGCGAUUCGUUGAUUAGUCGAUGACUUCGAGGUAAGAGACGAUAUAGGUAAUAUUUGGUUGCAGGGCCCACCCUUGCUCGCGCCUAGUUUUCCAUCGCUUAGUUUGCCCAAUCCGGUGACGGUCGUCAGUCGUCCUCUUACCAUCACAUGUACUUUGCCUAUAAAGUCACCUCCCAGAUCGGCAUCUUGGAUUCUAUUUCCUCAAACACCCUUUCUCCUCUCUACAACAUACUCACCGUAAAUUAUCCUCAACCAAACUCAAUUCUAGAACAAGAAAUCGAUCCUUCCUUCAAGUCUACGAAAAUGUCGUCCUCCAUCCACCGACAAGUCCAAGAUCACGGGUACCACUGCCGCGGCUGAAGAUGCAGGAUACGACAGCUUCCCUGCUUUUCUACACGCGUAUGGCCUUCGCCUCCACAACGACGAUGACGUGCAGGAAGGUAGGGCCAUCUUGCGGGCCAUGGGAUAUGGAGUG